AUGCCCCAACCGUCAACGGAGCGGGCCGCGGGCCAACCGAAGCGCAGGUACACCUCGAAAGCCUGCGAAGAGUGCAGACGUCGCAGGGCAAAGUGCGAUGGACAACGCCCCGUGUGUACCCGCUGCUCCGAGCGCAACAUCAACUGCAUGUACAGGAGCGAGGAAGACGGCCGCAAGCCUGCUUCAAAGUCGUAUGUGCAGCUCUUGAGGAACAGAAUCGACCUACUGGAGGCCGUCCUGCAGUCUCACUCCAUCGAUAUAGAGGCCUCUGUCGCGCAACUCACCGCUGCGGGGACCACCCCACAGCUGAAUGCCGUCUCGACUGCGUUGGCGCCCGGGAGCAGCGACCCGGCGCUGGCUGGUCUGAGCCCCUCGGCGUUUGAUGACCUCUGCACAACGUUCGAAGGGGCGUUGUCUCUGGAUGAGUCGGUGAAUUACGACCAGGAUGGAGAGAUGCGAUACUUUGGACCGUCGAGUGGGCGGUUGGAGUUUCAGACUGAAACCGCGCCCGAAGCCGAAGAUCAAGAAAGCAGUCCUGCAACAACGAAAUCUGUGGAAUCAAACUGCUAUAUUCUCCCACUCGAGAGACUUGAGAGUGAAAACUAUCCAGAAGACCUUACAAAUGAGCUGAUCGACUUGUUCUUUGAGUACCAAAACCCCUGGUGCCAGAUCGUUGACGAGAAGCUCUUCAGACAGAGCAUGAAGACCAAAGGGCGCUAUUACAGUCCUUGCCUCCUCAACUGCAUUCUCGCUCUGGGAUCACGAUACACUGAUAGGAUUGAUGUACGCUUGCGACCCGAAGACCAGAAUUCGGCCGGCAAACCGUUUUUGCAAAAAGCAGAGGUGCUCCUCCACAAAGACAUGAAGCGCCCAUCAAUUACAACCAUUCAAUCAAUGUCAAUUCUGGUUGGGGUUUACGUUUCAUAUGGUUGCGAUGCUGCCGGUUGGCUACAUCAAGGGAUGGCAAAUCGCUUGGCUCUCGACAUGGGCCUUAAUGUUGACGCUACAUCUCUGGCUGGCUCAAAUCUCAUUCCUACCGAAGAAAUUGAACUUCGGCGGCAGAUGUACUGGGCACUGUACUGCGAUGACAAGCUCGCGGCCAUUUACACGGGUCGUGUUUGCAACUUCUUGGAUGUCCAAGGAGCAGUCAAUCUUCCUUCAGUGCCAGAACGGAUGAGUGACGGUACAACAGACGCCAACGAAAUGACUCGAUGCACCAAACACAUCCUUGUUCACCGAGCACUCAUUGGUCUCUGCCGCAUUCUCGAAAACAUCCUUCUCGCCCUCUACGCCCCAAAACCACUCUACAAAGGGCCUCAAAGGAUAUCCUUCCUCCACUCAUGCACCCUCGAGCUCAAGACGUGGUUCUACGAACUCCCAGCCGACCUGCGCAUCGACCGCCCCAACGACAUCCCUCAGGUCUACACGCUCAACAUGGUCUACCACACCUGCUGCAUCCUCCUCUUCAAACCCUUCCUCCUGCGCCCGAAGCAGACCACCACCGCGCCCAAGACGGACGCCAUCAAGCGCGCAGAAACCCUCUGCAUCGAGUCCGCGAAGCGCAUCUGCCUCGCCAGCAAGAAGUACCGCCAGGUCUUUGACGGCUUCCGCAGGAGCCCCAUCUCCGCGACGCACUGCAUCCUCACGGCGUCGCUGGUGCUCAUCCAGUACGCGAGCCCGGACCCGGACAUGAGCAACAGCGGCCGGCCGUGCUGCACGCCGUACAUUGAGAUGUGCCUCGAGGUCCUCGGCGAGCUGUCGACGUCGUGGAACCCGGCGGGGCGCAUGCGGUCGGACCUGAUCAAGCUGCUGUACCAGAAGUACCCGGAGCGCAUCCCGCACUCGCUGCUGCAGCAGUGCGCCCCGGACAAGAGCUGUGCCGCGGCGGCGGCAGCGGCGGCGUGUGUGGGGCCGAUGAGGGAGAAGGCGUCGGCGGCGGCGGCGCAGACGCACCCGUUGCAGACGCAUCCUACGCUGGAGCAGAAUUUGUGUCCGCUGAUGAAUAUGUUGGAUGCGGAUUUCAGCUGGGAGGCGGUGAACCAGGCGCCGCAGACGGCUCCGUUCAGCGAUGCGUCUGAGUCUGUUUACAAUACGCAGUUUGCGCUGGCGGAUUCGAUCAUGGAUGUCGAGGAUGGUGGCCAGAAUCUGAUGGAUGAUGCGUUUUGGGCAGGGUUGAACUUUGACUUUAGCUAUGAGGCGCAGUCAUAG